AUGGAAAACAAGUACCGUGGUACCUUAUGGUACGAAAUUAAACUUGUUGCCUCAGGGCCAUAUUUCGGUACUAUACCUAUUUUCGGUCCUAAAAGUCCGGCGGGGGUCCUUUCGAGCCUUGUCCCAUCAACCGCCGGCCGGGCUGCAGCGCGUUCAUGGAUAUUGCCAGAAGACACAAUGCCCAACAUCCCGACGCUAACCUCAAUAGGCGACGGAUCAGCCAAGUAUGGAGGACGUACCAAGGCUGCCUCGCCUACCAAGGCUUUGCCACAGGAGAAAGGUGAACAACGUGAAUCAGUAAUGGAUAUAUCGUCAUUACUGUCACCGAAGGCGUGGGAGGAUGAGGACCUUAUUGAAGCCGAUCUCAAGUCAUACUUGCUGAUGCAGGUCAGGCUCAUGGGCAGCGAGUUAAGAGUUGCCAGAGGACACUUCAGGAAAGCACAGAUUGAUAUUGAAGAUCUAUUUCAUUGA